AUGGGAGAUAAAUAGUCGUCAUUCAUUACACUUUUGAUCACUGCCAUGAUUCUCUCUGGGGCAGCCAAUACAAUAGUCUAUAAAUUAUAAAAUACAAGCAAGGUUACUGUUGAUGGAUGGGAAGCAACGAAUUUCAAUCAUCCUUUUAUGCAAGCAGUCACAAUGUUUUUGGGGGAGUCGUUGUGCAUUUUACUAUUUCUAAAUAUUAAGAAGAAGCCAGAUUAUAAAUAAGGAUGUAUUGAAGCAGCAGCAAAAGGAUUAAAAACAAAAGUUAACUACGGUUGGGUGGCGAUUCCAGCAAUGUGUGAUUUAACUGCAUCAACAUUAGCUUAUAUUUCCUUAAAUUACAUUCCCCCUUCGAUUUAUCAAAUGUUGAGAGGAGGAGCAAUCAUCUCAACAGCAAUAAUGUCUACAUGUUUCUUAAAGAGACAUAUUAAAAGAUAUUAAUGGUUUGGAUGCGGUUUCGUCUUGGUUGGUAUAACUUUGGUAGGAAUGAGUUCAUUUUUCUUCCCUCCAAAAAAAGAUAAUGAUGAUCCAGAUUCAAGUUCUGAAAUUGGAGCAGCUUACUUCAUAUCAGUUGGAUUAUUGUUAUUGUCAGUUGUGAUGAAUGGACUUUAGUUUGUGUCUGAAGAGAAGUUAUUUGAUGUUUACUAUUUACAUCCUUUUGAAAUCGUAGGUAUUGAAGGAUUGUGGGGUUUUUCAGUCUAUGUAGUUUUGGCAAUAGCAUUGACUUUUAUCUAAUGUCCAACUUCCAUGAAUAACAGCUGUGUAUAAAAAUAAAUGACAGACAUGUUUUAUUUUGAAAGAGCGGAUUUGUAUUUCUUGCAAAUCUUUGCCAAUGGCUUAUUACUAUUCUGGGUUAUUCUAGGUAUAUUUACAAUUGCAACAUUCAAUAUCUGUGGUGUUUCAGUUACUAAAUAUGUAUCUUCUUUGGCCAGAUCUCUUGUUGACGUUUCAAGAACUUUAAUUAUAUGGGCAGUUUCAUUGGCUAUCACUUGGAUAGAUCCAGAAGCAAAAUGGGAAAAUACAAGAUGGGAAGCCAUAGUUUUAGAGUUGAUUGGAUUCUUUGUUUUGGUUACAGGAAAUCUAAUCUAUAAUGGAACCAUCAAGUUGAAAUUUCUUGACGAAGGUUCUCAAGUCGAUCCAUUAAACGAUGCAGCUUAACAAUUUUUGGAUAACAAAACUGGUUAAUCGUUAUAACCUUCAUGAAGUAUUAUUAAUAUAUGUAUAAUUAUUUUCAUUCUUUGUA